GAAUGCAGUGAACAUAAGGUUAAUAGAAGAGGAGAACUUCCACAAAUUAGAAGAAAAUGACUCAAUCAAAAUCCUUGGUUUCCACAUUAACACAAAAGGACUCCCAGAAAAGAAUCUAUGGAAGAACAUGAUCCAAAAAAUCAAAGAUGCAGUAGCUGCAAUGAACAAUAG